UUUAAAAAUGGCGGUGCAUAUGAAAAAGAAAACACAACUUUUGAAACUUUAAAAACAGGUUAAAUCGUGCAAAUAUGUUCAUGGUAGACGUUUGUUUCGAAAAUUAACAAUAAUGAGACCGACAUAGAUUCCUGCAUUUAGUCAAAAAGAUGGAGGUGUUGAAGAAACUUUAUCCAAGGACAUUCACUCUAUCAGAAUAUCUAGAAGGAGUCGGCUGCCCGGAUCUUAUUCAACCCCGAGACAAAGUAGGCUUUCGCUCCUUUGUACAAACCACCAUCUUGGCCGAGAUUGAUGGUACCUUGCAACUUGAGGAACCAGUGAGCUUCAGGCAUUGUUUGCAUCAGGCGGAGGUGGUAACCAAAUCUGUACAGGUAUUGAAAACACGCUGCGUGGCCAAAAAUAAGAAUGUCCUUCUGUUUGGAAAGUCCCAGACAAAUGAAUGGUGCGUUCCCGAAUCCAAUCAGACACUGGUCAACAUGCCUCAUUGGGAGCUCCUAUUGGCCAGGAUUGGCGAUGAUGUCAUGCUCCAUUUGUUGGUCAACCUGUCUGUGUUUCUGUUUGCUCCCCCGUCGUGCUACAUCCAAGUGUGUGGUUUUCCGAUCUGUGAUUUGAUCUCAAGACCAGGUAAGAUUCUUCAUCAUCCUAACCCCUCUGGGAACAGUUCUGACUUGGCGUCCGUAACUUUUCCCAUGGCCAGUGUCUGUCAUCGGAAGAAAGGCUGUGGCAGACUCCCCAAGACACAUCGUCUGGAGUGUUUGCCGGCCAGUAAUUCUGGAGCAAAGAAACUAAUGAGCAGCAUAUUGACAGAACAGAAGCUGACCAAAAAUGGCCGCUCAAAGAUCAGCAGAACACGGCGACGAUUCGUCCCCAUGCAGAACCUACUGAAGGACAUUCUGGCUGCUCACAAGAAGACCAACGUCACUGCACUUCUGGACGCUCACUGCCCGACCCCAAGUCAUGGGGUCACAUGUGAACGGUCGCUCACCCUACAGGACCUGCUGAAUGACACCAAUGAACCCUGGAGGGUCUUCCUUUUCCUGAGGGGGGUCUUGAUCAGGGCCGUUCCAUUCCCAGUGUGGGGCUCCAUGCACAAUCGCCAGGCAUUCUUCAAAUUCGUGGAGAAGUUUGUCAAGCUGGGAAGAACCGAAAAACUGGAUUUGGAGCAACUCAUGAAGAAGAUUAACGUACAGGAUUGUGACUGGACUCGACUGAAGAAGCUUGGAGGUCGUUCACCCUGUCGCUCUGACGCCUUGAUGCAGGAGAAGAUGGUGUCUAGUCUACUAGCGUGGAUCAUGUCCGACUAUAUCAUGGCUCUCGUUAGGACUGCUUUUUAUGUCACCGAGACCUCUUCACGCCGUAACGGAGUUGUGUAUUAUCGGAAAUCCACCUGGAAUAUGUUGGAAAAGAUGGGCAUAGAACAAUGCGUAGCCUCUGGAAUCUUGAAGCCCAUCACCCAUAAGCUGGCAGAGAAUUUAAUCUCCUCAGAAGCCACGUUAGGCUGCUCAUCUCUACGCUUAGUGCCCAAGCCAAAGGGACUGAGACCUAUCACCAAUAUGAGGCAACCAGCGGCAGGCAAACAGGGUAUCACCAUCAACAAUCUACUUGAAGACGUUUGUGAUGUCUUGAGUUUCCAUCGAUCACAGGAACCAUCAUGUCUGGGCUCGUCUCUCUUCAGUGUCAAUGAAGCUUACGAGAAAUGGAAGCAGUUUGUUGUGGAAUAUAGGCAGCAGGAUGCAAGACCUUUAUACUUCGUCAAGGUGGACAUCAAUCAGAGCUAUGAUUCUAUUCCCCAUCUUGCCUUGUACGACGUCAUUACUCAACUUCUCAAAUUGCCGUCCAAGAAUCAACUGUUCACCAUCCACCGUUACGCUGCAGUGACCUGCAACCUGAGGAGGACAUACUGUAGACGCACCUACUUGGAGGAAGGCUGUCACAUGACCUGUCAUCAGAUAUUACUGCAGCAGGCUCAGGAGGAACGUUGGAAGAAUGCAGUUCUUGUCAACCGGGUAUGGAGCCAGUCUACAACUGCACAGCAUGCGAUGGCGCUACUGAAGAAACACGUCGGCUGUGACAUAGUGAAGUUUGGUGGUCGUCAUUACUUGAGGAAGAAGGGAAUUCCUCAGGGGUCUAUCGUUUCAUCUCUGCUCUGCAACUACUUCUAUGCUGCCAUGGAAACCGAAUGCCUGCCUCCAAUUGGACAAGAUGAGUUGAUGUUGCGACUGAUUGAUGACUUCUUGCUAGUGACGCCAAAUCUUGAGAAAGCAAAAGGUUUCCUCACCGUCUUACUGAAUGGUUUGCCAAAGUACGGCUGCCAGACCAACCGGACCAAGACGUUGACGAAUUUCCCCUUUGUGUUCGACGGCCAACAGAUCCAGAGCAUUGGCCAGUCAGAACUGUUCCCAUGGUGUGGACUUCUGUUCAAUACAGAAAAUCUGGAAGUCUGUAACGACUUUACUCGCUACAAAGAUGUCAGCAUACGGUACACCAUGUCCUUGGAUAGUUCAGGGGAUGUCAUAAGUAAAGUCAAAACCAAGCUGAUCCAAGCUAUGCAGGCCAAGUGUGCAGGUUUCUUUCUGGAUCCACAGAUCAAUUCCUUUCUUACCGUCCGGAGAAACUGUUACGAGAUGCUGCUGAUGUGUGCAUUCAGAUUCCAUAGUCUGCUCAGAGCACUGCCGCAUCACUUCAAGACAAGCAAAAAUGUCUCAAGGGAACUACUGGGUGUCAUCUUCAGGCUGAUUGACAAGAUGCACAGAGUUGGAUGUCCUCUCAAGAAGUCAGAAACAAAAUGGUUAUGCCUGACAGCCUUCCAGACCAAGCUGCAAAUCCAUCAGAGCAGCUACAGACGACUUCUGAAACUCAUCAAGAAAACUCACAGGAAAGUCUCCAGAUACAUGGUGCGAGCAGAUAAGGAAACCUUGGAGUUGGCUUGUUCACCUGCCCUGCCGCAAGCCUUCAAAGCCAUGAAGACAUAACCUGCUAUCCUGCUGUUCCACAAAACACAGGUAAGCGGCCAUCUGCAUCAGACACAGUUCAACAGAGAUAAUCUUAAACUGAAAAAAGGCAAAAGAAUAUUUACCUUGGUUUCUGAGGAUCUUAGACUAAUUUCAUGGAGCCUCAGAAUUAUGCUAAGCAUGAAAAAGGAUUCGCUAAGAAAAAAACAGGUU